AAUAUGUGUGGUAACCUACUGGAGCGCGGCCGAGCGAUAGGGGCUCCGGCUGCUUUCGGCGUCGAAGUAUUUUUCUUGCUAAACGCGGUCGCCGUUGUUUGCUCAUUACGCAUGCCCUCCAGAUCGAGUGGCUACACGAGCCCUGAGCUUCGGCAGCUGGACCUCCUCCUCCACCCCAGCGUGUACGACCGCCGCCAGACCCCAGCUGCUGACACUGGAGAGGCGACUCGUGUGGACAUCGAGUUCUACAUCCGUAGCUUCAGUUCCGUUAACCCAGUCGACAUGGACUACUCGGUGGAUUUGUUUCUGAGGCAGCGGUGGGCGGAGGCUCGUCUCAAUAACAGCCUGCAGAGGCCCAUUGACACACACGACCCCAUGGUGGUGAAGCUCUUGUGGAAGCCUGAGGUGUACUUCCCCAACGCCAAGCACGGGGACUUCCAGUAUGUGACGGUUCCCAACGUCCUCGUCAGGAUACAGCCCAAUGGCACCAUCCUGUAUAUCUUGAGGAUGAAGUUGACAUUCUCGUGUGUGAUGGAUCUGUCAACCUUUCCACUAGACCACCAGACGUGUUCCAUGGAAGUAGCCAGCUUCGCCAAAACAACCCGUGAGCUGCAUCUGAACUGGUAUCACGACAACCCCGUUAAGUUGUACAGGCAGCUUCAUCUGCUUCAGUUCGAGGUCAAGUUUGUCGCGGCUACUAACUGCAGCCAUUCUUUCCCUUCUGGGAACUACAGCUGCCUACAGGCAGUGUUCCACCUCCAGCGCAACCUGGCCUACCACCUGGUGCAGUCGUACCUGCCGUCCUCGCUCAUCGUGGUCGUCUCUUGGAUCAGCUUCUGGCUGGACGCUGACGCCGUGGCUUCCCGGGUCAUCCUCGGCGUGACGACUCUCUUCACCGUGUGCUCGGAGUCCGCGGCCUUCGGGAAUAAGCUGUCGACAGUGUCGUACGUGAAGGCUCUGGACGUGUGGAUGGGGUCGUGCACCGUGUUCGUGUUCUUGGCGAUGGUGGAAUUCACGCUCGUUAACUACAUCGGCCGACGCCGCCGCAGACUCCUCUUUCGGUCCUCCGCCGAAGGCCAGGAAAAUAUUGAAGCACGAGAAAGAAGCGACUCCAUUCGCAGCACGGCCGUUGGAACUCCCGAAAUGACCGAAAACACGCCAGUCGACGCGGAAGACAGCGGCACCGCGCGAACAGGAGGCAGUGCUACUGUUUUACGCGAAAGCCCGAAUACUGAAAAAAGUGCAGAAGGUGACGUCGAAGUCCCUUUAGCCUGGCUGCGUGAGGCGGAGAGAGCGAAAAGGAUCGAUAGAAACAGCCGGGUGGUCUUCCCGCUGCUCUUCCUCGUCUUCAAUCUGGGCUACUGGGUCUACUAUCAGGCUUUAUGUUGAGACUUGGCCAGAACCACAACGGGUCUGAACGAAUAAUGCUGUGAGUUUCUCUGUGCGCUAUAUUGGCUUUUGGUUCGUGUGGAUACCGUCAUUAAAAUGU